UAUGGGACAGCUGGGCGGGGCCGGGGAGGGCAGGGCCGCGCGGAAGUCCUGACCUGCAUGUGGCGCCGGCCGGAGGUUGGGCGUUGCUGCCACCAGUGGGCGGGACAGCGGGGCAGCGAGGCGGGGGCACCCUCACCUGUCCGUGUGUGGGGAUCAGCCUGGGCUCCGUGGCCUCCGCUUGCACCGGACGUGGACCCAGGCUACCGGUGGGCAAGAUAGAGGACUGAGCCCAGGCACGCACGGCUGGCCAGGUGGGAUCCCCACCCCCGCUCAGCCUUCUUGCUGCAUGGAUGCUGAAGGACCAGGCUCACUUGAAGUUCUGAGAUUGAGCAGUAAGGUGGAAACAAAGAAACCAAUGGAAACAAAGAAACAAGUCAUUGUGGCCAAGCUCCCCACCACAGAGAAGCUGCCCUGAGUGGAAGGGAGGGUGUGGGCAUGCCCAUUUGUUUCGUGUCUCCCAGUGCUCUUCGCUUUCUUAUUGCAGACCUGCAUGGUUACAACAAAAUGAUCUGCAAAACUGAAAAUAUUUACUCUCUGGCUUUUACAGAAAAGGCUGACCAGCCUCUGGUUCCCGUACCGGUCAACUGAUUGGAGUACCUUUCCAGUUUGGAAACAUCUGGGCAGGCCCAGCUGGUAAGUUUACUUUUCUACUUUGACCAAGCAAACUGAAGCCAACAGAAGAGAACUUUCACCAGCAACUCCCAGCACAUCCGCUCGCCUUCUGAUGUCUGUGACUACACUCUCGCUGCUCCACCUCUUAUUACAGAUUGAACAGGAUCCAGGGGGAAGUACCAAGCCUGUCCCAUCGGCCAUCCUGUGUGUCAUGUCCUGUGACCCAGUAGAUGCUCAGCACCCUCCAGCUGAAGAAACAGAUUGCCUUAGGUACAUCAAAGGUGAGGACACCUACUAUCCCCAUGGAGCCCAGGUGGGGCUGGGAGUCUGCUGUUUGUACAGCCGGUGGGCUCGUGUUGCUUUGGGCAUCCCUGUGCCUGAAUUCCUGCAGUACACUCGGUGCCUGUUUCCUAAUCUGCAAAACUGGAAUGAUGUUAACCAUCCCGCAGUGCAUUCCAUGGUGCAUCCUCACCUAGAAUUGAGUGGAAGCAAGUCCAUCUCAGAAGGGACAUACCUGAAGAGGAAUGGCAUUCCAGACUCUGAAGGGCAGAGAAAGCACCAGCCUGGGUUAGAGAAAGAGAACAGCAUCUCUGAGCCCGUCCUGGGUGACCUCACAGAGAUCACCCUAGUGGCCCAGGCUAGAGACCGGGAACAUGUACCUUCCUGCAGCCAACCCCAGACGUCCACUGAUGCCUCAUAUACUGGCAAAGAUCCUGGCCUGGGGGGGCGAUGGCCGCCGGAGAUUCGCCAGAUGUUGGACUCCAGCUUAACCACCGGAAGUGGGCAGGAUGUGCUGAGGGGGCGGAGGCAGCCGCCAAGGCAGCGACGGAGGGGGCUGUCCCUGGCCAGCCGGUCAAUUUGUUCCCAUCUCAACAUUUGCUGUCCCAGUUUCACAGGACGCCCUUCUUCAGUUUAUCCUUCUCCUGGGAGGUGGGCUCAGUGCAUGCAGCCCAAGGUCUGGGCUCUCCCCUGGGGAGGGGCAGAACUCUCUUCUUCUUCUUUGUCUUUAUUCUUCAGCAAAGUGGUUACUGGCCCCAAUUCUUAAUUCUGAGAAAGUGUAGCCUGUGUUACGGAGGAGCUGCUGGACAGUGAGGUUUCUGGGUGACAUUUUAGGUUAUUGCGUCCCAGAUUGCUGGCACACUCAUCCCUGUUCUCAAACAUCUUUUAAACUUGGGUGAAGUGAUAAGUUGGGGAAGAAGAUGAUUUACUGAAAGUCUCCCGAGAAGAGAUUCAGACUGAACAGCUUUGUGUCGGACUUUGGAAGACCGCUGGUGCCCAAGGGGUUCUCUGGCAGCACAAUGACGAAUCUAGGUCCCUCUUUCACUGCUACGUCAAUGAAGUGGACCGCUUGGACAAGGCCAAAGCUGGUAUCCCAACCAUAGCCCUUGACAGUGAUGUUCGGCUCCAGGAAGCCAUCAGAUGCAGCAGGUGGCCAGAGGAGGAGCCGAACGGGCUCAUGAAAUGUGACACCCCCAGCUUCAUCAACACGGACCAGAACUCUUCCUUUGGGGAAGAUGAUCUCCUGAUUUUGGAACCACCUAUUGUUCUAGAAAAUAAGCCAGUUGCCCAGACCUCACACAAAGACUUGAAUUGGAAAUGUGCUUUGUCAAGUGUUUCUCUGAAGAUGUGAAGUCUGUCUUUGUAUGGCAGGAAGUCCCCUUUCACAAAAUUGUAUGUGUUUGUGUCUGAGAGAGAGAAAUGGAGACAGACAGAAAGACGGAGACAGAAGAGAGCCCCCUCAGAAGAGAGCUAGUUAAGCUCCUCUGAGAUCCUCCGGCCACCCUUGCUCCAACCUGAGGACAGACCUACCGUUCCUUUCCUAGGAGGAGGAUCAAUCCAUGGUGCAUUUUAUGACAAUCCUGUCCCCAGGAAUGCACGGAAGGUUAUCAGCUGAGUGAGGGGAAGUGCCUCUGUGUCUCUGUGUCCCUGUAUCUCUGUCUGCUCACAGUGCCCUGCCACCGGCUACUGAACAAGAAAAGUGCUAUUCACCAUGCUGUGUCUUUUGCAGAUGUGUAGGUGAUGGUCUUGUGGCUCAUGUGUGGGCUUUGUCCUGGGAUGGUGAAGGGCUUAUAAAUACCUCAUCAACAUGUAUUCGAGAUGGCCUGGUGCCACACAGACUUGAUUCAUGAAGGCAUCAAGCCUGCACACUGGUUUGGAAACAACUUGGUUUUGAUCAGUCACACUGCAUGCAUGACUCACUGCUGACCUCUGGGUGGUUUUUUCAUUUUAGAUUUAUUCACCCAGUGUCUUGCUUAAGCUGAAAAAUACAUUUAUUUCACUAGAAUAUUCUCAGAUUCUUUGUUUUCACACAUCCAGUUGUUUAAUUCCUUUAAAAAUCAUUUUGUGUUUAUAAUGCCUCCUAAUAUCUAUCAUCUCUAGGUUCCCAGUGGCCUGAGCCAUGCACCAGAUUUGAUGUAGGAACUGUUCCACCAAAAGAAAUCCCUUUGCCAUAAUACCUUUUGAGGAAAAUAUUAUUCUUUAAGGCUCUAACAGUAAAUCGCAGAAAAAAGCAUGGAACAUUUAUUGUAGUUAAUACAUGUUCAUGCAAAAAGAAAUGAUAUUUUCAUUAAACAAUGUUGAUUUUAAAAAAUUUUACUAAUGUGAAUAUUAUUAUUCAUAAUUUAAGUAACCAAAUAAAACCACAGUUAUUUAUUAUGAAGAUUGAAAACUAUUUACACUGUCUCUCAAUUAGAGGUAGCUUUAUUAGAAGACUGAAGGGUAUUUAAAAGAUGGAAAAAUACCCAUGAUGACACCAUCAUUUUUAUUAACUAAAUAUCAAGAACUGUGCAGGGUUAAGAUUUAACCCUCUGCAAGCUGUCAAGUUAGCAUGAGGUAGUUUGUGGAUGCUGCCAGAAGACAGGAGACUCCCCCAGAUUCAGAGACAAAGAACUUCCUGCCAGCACAGCAGGCAGCAUGGGGUUCAUGUUCAUGUUGGUUCCUGAGUUUCUUUCCUUUUGCUGUUGUAACAAAGGACCACAGACUCAGUGGCUUAAAGCAAUACACAUUCAUCAUCUCACUGUUCUAUUGUGCAGAAGUGCAAAGUCAUUGUCAGUGGGCUAAAGCCAACGUGUGGCCAAGGCUACGUUCCACACCGAGGCUCUAGGAAGGGAUUCGUCUUCCUACCUUUCCCAGCUUGCAGAGGUGUUCACACUCCUUGGCCCAGGGCCCUGUGUCACUGUGACCUCUGCUGCCACUUUACAUUUCUGUCUCUGACUAUAUAGAUAUAAAGGAAGAGUCUUCUACAUCUGGUAUGGACCCUUUUUCCUAAAUGGACAUUGUAUCUCUAUUUAUGUGCAGAUUAAAACCCCUUCCCUCCAGGGUGUGGUGGCAUCAGCUCACAAGAUUACCACUCUGGGCUUUAAGUGUCCUCUUUGUAUUGUCACCUGGGAACUUCUCUUUCCAUAGUUAGCUCUGUGUUACAUUUGUUGUUGUAUUUUACCCGGCAUUACUGAAAGUUUUACUUAAAAGGGAUCCUAAUUAGCUCUGUUUACCUGUUUCCAGAGCUGAAAGCUUCAGUUCUAGAGUAUCUGUUUGAUUUCUCUUAAAAAUACAUUCUAGUAUAUUUCUCUGGUGAAAGUCUUUACCCUGUUGUCUAUUCUCCCAUAAUUUCCUUAUUUUCUUGAAUAUAUUAAAAGUAUUUUAUAGCCUUUAUUGGUAACUCUGAUGCCUACAUCACCUGGGGGUUAGCAUCCUUUGUCUAAUGUUUCUUAUUCUCAUAUUAUCCGUUAUAUAGUCUUGACAUGUUGCAUGUCUUGAAAUUCUUUAUUACAUGGCAGACAUUGCAAAUGAAAAAUCCACAUGUUAUUUUCCGUGAGAGGUUUUCUACCUUCCUGUUAGGCAAACAGGGUGAGGGACUGAUCAUGUCGCUCCAAUCAGGCGCUGAGGUGGAUCAGGAAUGAAGUGCCUUUUUUCUUAAAACAGCUUUGAGGUAUACUUGGCAAAGUAAUUUUCACACGUAUAAAGUGUACAGCUAAUACGUUUUGACAUAAGUAUAUCCCCAAGAAACCAUGACCACAUUCAAGAGAGUGAACAUACCCAUCACCCACAAAGCUUCUCUCCUGCCAUUUGUUGUCCCUCCCUCCCUCCCCAUCUCUUCCCCUGGAAACCAUUGAUCUGCUUUCCAUCACAACAUAUUGGUCUGCAUUUUCAAGAUCCUUGUAUGAAUGGAUUAAUGCAGUAUCUA